AUGCAAAACUUUUACACUCUCAGUGCGGCCAUUGAAGGGAACAGCUACACCAAGGUAGACAAGCAGAACGAGACUUACAGCGGCAUCAACGUAAGGCUUCGAUAUUUCGUACGCCUAGUGGUGCUUCGGAGCUAUGCGGUGAACAUUUUCAAGGAGGUGGACAUGGUGGUGCAGAAUGUUUAUCCUCCCCCGGAUCUGAACAACAACAUCAAGAUGGAGGCCCUUGGUACUGGGACGCCAUUGGGCACCAUUGGACACCUGAUGCUGAGGUAG